AUGCUCACACAUUUCUUUCGUCUGGUCACACAGAUCAAUGAUGGCGAGACGACACUUGACGAUGCUGCAGCUUUGCUCUCCAGCCUUAUGACUGAUGAUGAAUAUCUUGCUCUGCUACAGGGCAACCGCUCUCUUACGCAGCAUCUUUCAGACAACAAGGCUUCACCAUAUCCGGCUUCAGUGAUAUCAAGGGUUGGUAUUCCCGGGUUGCAUUUUGUCGAUGGUGCGAAACAGUCCUUUUUCACAGAGUUUCCUAGUCCACUAGGACGGGCGGCAUCCUUCAACACACAACUGGAAGAGCUCAUCGGAGAAGCGAUUGGUAUGGAAGUACGAGCUCAUGGCGGCAACGUCUACAGCGGUAUAUGCCUCAAUGUCACACGUCGAUCUGAUUGGGGACGAGCUCAUGAGUCUUAUGGAGAGGAUCCUUUGGUCAUCAGCCGCAUGGGCACUGCAGCCGCAAAGGGUGUACGAAAACAUGCCAUGGUCGCCAUCCGUCAUUUCGCGAUGAACUCGAUGGAGAUCUUGAGAGAAGAUGGCAGAAUCACAUGUGACGAUAAGACCAUGAACGAGCUGUUCUUGCAGCACUUCAAAGACACUCUCUACCAAAGUGGAGCAGAACUUGUCGUGUCUGCGGGAAACCGUGUCAACGGCGUUGCCUGUACAGAGAACCCAUCCCUGUUGAACGGGAUCUUGAGGCAACGCUGGCUCCUGAAUGAUUUGAUCGUGGCUAGCGACUGCACGUGGCCAGUCAAAAACGGACCGGCAUCAAUCAAAGCAGGAUUGGACAUUGAGAUGCCAUUCAAGACAGGAGGAAGAACCACAGCCGUUGAGAGUGCUCUCGAACACAACACACUGGACUGGUCUGACAUAGAAGUCAUGGCCGACAGAGUCUUAAAGGCUCAACUACGAUAUCACUGCCGUACAAUCAAGAUGUCGAUACCGGAUCCGGAGAAGAUAAGAUGUCAGCGUCACAUUGGCCUUGCUCGACGCUCGGUCGCCGAAUCUAUGGUCCUUCUCAAGAACGACAAUAUGUUUCUUCCAUUCAACAAGCCUUCACAGAUAAAGAUGCUUGUCUUGGGCGAGCUGGCGGAUAGGGUCAGCUCAGCGUAUCAAUUCGAUCCGGCAUCGCAUGCUGCAGGUCCUCCUGGAACUAGCCCUCUGACGGAACUUCGGAAAAGACACAAUCUAGCUGUCGAGUAUAUGGAAGGAAACGAGACCGGGAAAGCAACAAAGUCAGCUAUGGCCGCGGACGCUGUCCUUGUAUUCAUCAGACCUUCUUCAAAAUCCGAAUGCGCUCGCGAGCAAAGCCGGUUCCUCGAUCGCUUCAGGCCUCGAAAGCAAGUCUACAACCCUCGAAUGACACAUUUCCGGGAUCGCAGUCACCUCACGCUUCAUCCGCGGGAUCUCGAGCUAGCUAAAGCAGUCUUGAAUGUCGCUGGUCACAAAGCUGUGGUAGUGAUUGAGGCAGGCACGAGUAUCACAAUUCCAACCUUCAUUCGACAGAAAGCGACUGCCAUCCUGUUCUCCAGUUACGGAUGCCGACAAUACGGUAAGGGCUUGCGAGAUGUGCUAUUCGGCGAACAGGAGCCUUCGGGGCGUUUACCUUUUGUUCUUCCCGAUACCGAACAACAAUUGCUGCAAAAGGAAAAGGACACAUCAUCUCACGACAUCAAAUAUGAUGACAAGUGGGGCUACAGAAAACUUCGACACGAACAGCAGAAGCCUGCCUAUCCUUUCGGUUUCGGACUCGGUUAUUCCACUUUUACCCUCACUUCACUCUGGUGCUCACACCCAAUCGUCAAAUCCACUUUCGACAUGAUGGUCACAACCAAGAAUACAGGCAAUCGCGCCUCGGCUGUAGUGAUCCAAAUCUAUGCUUCUAGAAGGGCACGAAGGGAUAGCGCGACUCCAAGUCUUGUUUCCAGAAGCCUGAUCGGAUUUACAAAAGAAGUCAUUCAUCCUGGGGAAAGCAGCGAGGUUGGAAUUACCUGUCGGCUGAGCCCGUUAGCACAGUUCCACUCAAGCACCAGUAAAAUGGUUGUUUCAGAGGGCGAGUAUGAUCUUUCGGUGUGUCAGUAUGAAGGUGACGCCAAAGCCUUAUCCUCAUCUUUCCAUAUUUGGAAUGAGGUGCAUUGUUAG